UAAACGCAUUAAUUUUCAAUGGCACAGAUACAUUAGAGCAGAGACAGCAAUAAAAAAAUGUUUGUUGAUGUUUAUUAACAAUGACUGAUUUAAUCAUGUACUUUAAUGUGAAGGAUGUACUUGCCUUUUUAUAUAAGCUGUACCUUCCAUGACCCACAGAAAAAGGCUUAUGAACCCUAUGGGGGUCAUGACCCGCAGUUCAUAGGAACCAGUGCUCUAAACUUUAAAUCAAUUUAACAAUUCACCUUUCUUUUUCAUAACAUAAUUAAAGUUUAUAGACUUUUGAAAACAGGAAACUUCUCUUCAGGAAUAUAUGAAUCCCAUCUGAUGUGCUAACCAUAUAUUUAUCCACAUAUCCACAGACAACACAGCAACAUUAUUGGGCCAAAAAAGAUUCUCUAUAAAUGCUGAUAAUAGGUAAAAUAAAAAAAAGGAAGAGGUAGCAAGAAAUUUCCCCCUAUUCAUUAAUAGAUUUCACAUUUACAUCAGGUAAAAGAGCGAGAAAUCAGAAAAUAGACAUGGGAAAAAUGUGCUCCCGUGACUUAUUUUGAUAGGGUGACUGAUCCCGUACUAACUACUUGUCUAAAAUACCAUGAGAUCAAUCUUUAUGGAUGUGCUAAGUAGAAUGCAUGUAGGUAAGUGUGCAAAGUAUGGCUAGUUGAUUUAUUUGAGGGCGCGCGGCGCGGUGAGCUACCUCCUGUUUGUUUACAUUUGCAUUGCCGAGGCCAGACCCGAGGCACCUUGACUAGAAACAGAUGCAGAAGUCAUCAUAGGCGAGCAACACUGUCCUGACACUUGUGAGAAUAACUGGCCUGUAUUCUUAAAAGUUUUGGGCUCUUAGUUCAACUACUUGUAUGACACCAAACUGCAGUGCAAAUUAUUAGCAUUUUCAAGAGUUUUCAUGGUUUUGGUGAAAGUUUAACAAGAAUUCUGCAUCGUCAAUUUGAAAAAGCUAAAGUUCCAUCGACUUAUCGUCAUUGUGGUCUUUUGAAAUAGCCCGUAUGAAAGCCCGAAGCGUUUAAGAAUACAAGCCAUUGUUAUAUUGUUGUGAGACAGCAGGUGGUAGGUGGCAGGCUGCAGGCCACACCGGGACACACGCAGGCCAUUCAUAGCAGGCCGCCCAUCAUCCACCACCACCAUCAGCUCGGCAGCUAUGGCAGACUUAGAGUGGAAGCCUUUCUCACUUACUUACGUAGAAUAUCCAAAUGGUGAUCUCAUUGGAAAGUUUUUGGCAGUGUGCAGCUUGACUCCCAUGGCAAUUAUUGUUGGUUUUGUGACAUUAAUUCUAUUCAGAAGAGAUCUACACACAAUCACAUUCUUUGUUGGGGCUUUAAUAAAUGAAGGAAUCAACCUGGUGUUGAAGAAUAUCAUCGCAGAGCCUCGGCCAGUGCAGCGGGGUGGACUCUACACGGAAUAUGGGAUGCCAUCCUCCCACUCACAAAUGAUGUGGUUCUUUGCUAGUUAUUCAGUCCUCUUCUUAAUAUUUAGGUUACACCACAUCAGCAAUUAUGUGAUGGAACUGUUGUGGAAGGUGCUCGUAGCUGUUGGCCUCAUCACUGCAGCUGCUAUUGUUGCCUAUUCCAGAGUGUACCUGCUGUAUCACUCGUGGGCCCAGGUGUUGCUGGGGGCCAUGGUGGGGGUGCUGUUGGGCUGUGGCUGGUUUGUGGUGGUCCAUAUUCUCUUCACUCCACUCUUCCCCACAGUGGCAUCCUGGAGUGUGUGUGAGAGGCUCAUGAUCCGAGACACAUCGCUCAUCCCCAACAUCCUGUGGUUUGAGUACACUCAUGCACGCACUGAGAGCAGAGCAAGAAACCGCAAACUUACUUCCAUGAAAAGUCAAUGACAUUUGUGGUAAUCUGUUAGUAUUUGUGCUGUUGGUUUCCUUGCAGUUUGAUAUUAUUUGAGCAUAGUUUCAAUUUUAUGUUUGUUUUAGUCACUAAUUUGUCUUUAUUAUGUUUUUUUAUUUUGUUUAUUUUUAGAUUACUUCAUUUGUCGUUAUGUUUUUUUUUUUAUUUUGUUUCUAUUAAAUUACUUUGUCAGUAAAGCCAUAUUGUGCAAGAAUUUUUUAUGACAAUUAUGUUUUAUUUAAUGAUUCAGUGUUUAUUCAGAAAUUGUGGUACUUUUGUUCCUCUGUAAUCCCUUUUGCCCAUGAAGAAUGUCAGCAGACUGCCGCUGUAUUAAUUUAUGUUGUUCAUCAAAUUGCAGUAUUUAUCACUGAUGUUUGACAAAGUAUUCAUAAAAAUAGACUAUGCACCAGUGAACUGUCAACAGGAAAUUCUCUCUCUCUCUCUCUCUCUCUCUCUCUCUCUCUCUCUCUCUCUCUCUCUCUCUCUCUCUCUCUCUCUCUCUCUCUCUCUCUCUCUCUCUCUCUCUCUCUCUCUCUCUCUCUCUCUCUCUCUCUCUCUCUCUCUCUCUCUCACAUGCAAAUACACACACACACACACACACACACACACACACACACACACACACACACACUAUAGGGAAUCCAGCCAUAUUUGGUACUUUGGGAUGUUGGCUGUAUUUGUCCUGCAUUGAUGCCACAUUAAUAGUCAACAGGCAUAUGAAGAUCUGUCACUCACACUGUAUUCCUUUGCCCUAAUUAUUCCUAAAUUGUAGAUUGUUAUGUAAUACUGCAUGGUUUUUAGAAUGGCUUUUGAUUUGAUGAUGGAACAAUGAUGCUGUAUAACUUCCAGUAUACUCAGCAACCUAUACAGGUCAUGCAGUGCUGCAGCACCUGUGUCCUUAACAUGUGAAUUCCCCAGGCAAUGCCUUGCUGGCUCAGGUCAUUCAUUCAUGGUCUCUCCAGGAUUGAGAUGGCAACAGCACAGAUAGGUACAACCAACACUACAAGUACCAAAUUAGUCUGGAUCCACUAUAAUCACAGUGUUUAGAGUUAAAGGAAGUGGAACAACUAGAGAGAGAGGACCUGUGUGUGUGGAACAAAAGGGACAUGAGGGUACAUGAAGGAAAGCUGAAGAGGACCACAUGUUGUAGAGGCAUUAAGAAGCAUUAUGAGCAUAGUUUCUUUCCAGCAUGUUGUCGCUACAUAAAUACACAAUGUACCACCAAAUACCAAAUCAAGGCAAGGAGUGUAGAUCAAUUAAAGGAAAACUGAACAAAUACAAAUAGUGUAAAGAUGGGACCACACAGGUAGCUCAGGCCUUGUAAAAUACAACUAGUUGAACACACACACACACACACACACACACACACACACACACACACACACACACACACACACACACACACACACACACACACACACACACACACACACACACACACACACACACAGUGAAGGAGCUAUUACAUGGACAAGAUUUUCCUUCAGCACAUGUAUGGAAAAACAGUAUCAGUGAUUAGACAGGUGAUGAGGAGAGGAGAGACUCAUAAGCUGUUUAAUCAUUUAAGGAAAAAUAAGGACAUUAAACAUUAAAGAGUCAUUGCUCAUUACUAAUAAGAAUUAAAAUGACAGUGGAAUAUCCCUCAGACAAAUGAUGCCCUAAGAGUGUGAGGGCUAAGUAAUGAUCCUGUUCAUCAGGUUUCACCCUAGAACAGUAGGGAAGCAGAUAAUUAAAUAUUGAAGAUAACCUUACUGUUGAUUACAUGUAGAUUCCUUGUUCUUCCAACAUCUUACUGGGAAUAAGUAUUGAAUCUUGGAAGUUACUAACCCUGAUUUGUCAAUGAAUAUAAUCUUAUCAACAAUCUGUCCAAACAAACUGCAUCUAAGUUUGGACAGUCAAAGAAAAGACACCUUGAAUUGUAGUAUGCAGAUUCAUCAUUCAUUCUAUCCCUCCACUGAGGAUGUCAGCCAAGUAUAGAGACAGAUAGAUGAUGGAUAUUUCUAAUAUGAGUGAAACUUUUACAUAUGAUUUUUAAUGAAAUAAAAGUCCAAAAAUUAGUAUAUACUGUAGGGAGAAUAGACUGAAGACAUUCACAGAAUCAUAAGACUUUCCAUGUAAGCGAUAAUUGAUGCUACAGGAAAGUACUUUUGUUUAAAGUCUUAACAUCACAUUCUUCCUGUAAAGGUAUGUGGUAGUCAGGUAGAUAGAAUUUUUUAGCCAUGUUUAGAGAUAUGACUUCAUGAUGCCUGAAAGUAUUUCAUGCCAGGCCAGUAUGUUGUCAUCCUUCACAUGAAUGCAUAUUGAUGCUAUGUGGAAAAGAUGAUUUACCAUUUUCUCACUUAAGAAAAUUUUUUCAGUAAAGGUUCAAGAUCUGGUAAAGGAACCUUCAGCUAUAUUAUUGAUAUUUUUUUUUUUUUUUUUUUUUUUUUUUUAUUAGCACCACAACCAUGACAUGACUGCUGUGUGAAUUUUUUUUCUAGGACUCUUGCAAUCAUAGUACUUAUAUGUAAUCAUCUCAAGGGUAAUUUUUUAAAAUAAAAAUUCGUACUUGCUGGAAGGGACCUUGAGGUGAUAAAUGAUGUAAAGAUACUGGGGACAUUAUUCUUAGAUUUAUUGUUGGUGCUGGUGGUUUUGUUUGCUUGCACAGCAGACAUUUUUUUAAGAGUGGUCAGUCAGGAUGUCUUCUCCCAUCCCUAGAGGCCCAGGAGGUAAGAUAGAUUUUAAUUCAGUAUGAAGCAUCCUUAUGCAGCAAUGUUGCAUUUAGUUCCUUCAAGGAAACUAACAAACUUUAGUUCUCAUAAAACAUGCAGUAUUGUGACAAGGACAUGGCUUGGGAGAAAUAGUGCCUGCCAGUACCUCUCUGUCCUACUCAGCCUCUUGAACUAUAGAUCUUUGCUGUUAACUUUACAGAGAUGGAAUAUUUAUUUUCCUGUGAGAGGUAUUGUAAAGAGUGGAAUACGGAGCACCAUCUCACCACUCUAGCACCAGAAUUCUUUCUUUCAAACAAGGGGUUUAAACAAGUGGAACAUAAAAUUCAUAAGAAAAUACACUCCAUCUAAUUAGUACCAUUGGACAACACAAUACCACAAUGGUCCAACACUAACAAAGGGGAAAGACUACAGUGUAGCAAAAGAAUGGUGGGUGCAUGGAAAGGCUGCAGUGUUUUGCACUUUUGUCAGAGAAUGGUGGCAAUGGUGGAGUGAGGCAAACUAGUAAUGAGGUGGUUGCCCAAUUAGGCCAUGGUGCCAGAAUAAUAAGUAUUGGGUCAUAAAGUGGUUGCCCUCACAGUCAUUGACUUCUUCACUUUGAACAGUGUUACUUUUGUCCUCAGGUUCAGCUUUGCUGCUGUGAAAAAGUGAGACAGACAGAGUGCUCUUAGUGGUAGAUUAGGGAAUGUUUGGCUAGACGUGGGUGUGUGUGUCUGCAUUUGUGGGUGCUUUGUCCGCCUGGUUUAUAGAUGCAGUCUGAUAUAAGGACAAACAGUUAAUGAAAUGAGAAGCAAACUGAUUCUUCUCACAACAUUUGAUAUGGUAAGACAACCAUUAAACUGCUUUGUGAGUCUUGCCAGUGGAGAAUGUUACUCAUUGUCACUUCUCAUUAUUUGAGCCAGAAGCAGCCAACUAAUCUGCUACACUGCCUGUCACUUGCCAUGUGUCAUUCAUUUUCAUUAGUACCAAAUGCUCUCCUUUCUGAGCAGUUCUCUUUCAUCGCCAAAAAGUUAUCAUACACAUGAAAGAUUAGGCUUCUUAAGCAUAAAGAAAAUUGUAACAUGGUAAAACCUUGCUAACUCGGAGGGCCGAUUCGACUUAAUCAAACCCAGCACUGCAUUUAAAUUCCUUAUCCACAAGGUGUUCAGCAAGCCUCCUGCAGUAUGCUGGAUGUCCAGUCCACACAGUGAUACCCCUUUAGCUCUUUGCUGCAAGUACUGUAUGCUGUAUGUAGAGAGAUUCAUUGAGGUUUUCAUGCUACGCCUUCCUUGCUUUAUACAGGAUCCUUCCCCUUCCAUUAAGAGUGUCCGACUUGGUGAGGUUUUACUGUAGUUCAAUCUUGGUGGUAGUAUCAUCAUUGCCAUAUCACACAGAUACAUUGUAGGGGCAUAAGAAAAUAAGGAGACUAAAAUACCAGCUGACUUACACAAGACAGCUUGUAAUUACUCAUAACUUACCAUCAGUCAUCAUCAUCCAUAAAUUUAUCCAGCUUCCUUUCUUAAGACAGGUGGCCUCAUCUUGAAUCAUGGUGUUCCUGUAGUUGCAGAUUCAGAGAAAAGGAAAUGAGCAAAAAAAAUUUUAAUACUAAUUACAAAAAAAAAAAUAGUACCAAAAAAAAUCUAUCUGUAAAGAAGGUUUUGGCCAAUGACAGCCUGUAACAGUUGUGCAGUGCAAAGAGAAUCCUAUUUUUUCCCCCUUUUACUCUUGUUUAUUUCUUUUUCUUUUUAUUUUGAUAUGUUCACCAUUCUAACUAAUGUUUAUAUUGUUAUUUUAAUUAAUUUGUGAUUUGUUGCUAUAUUUGUAUUUAUUUGUCUAUGUAUUUCACAUGUAGAGUGGAAGGACUGGAAAUUUCCUUGUCCAUAUCUGUAUUCCUACAAUGAGACUGCUUGCUGUCUUGCCACAGCCACCCAUCUUGAGAAGGAAUGUCAACCUGCUGUGUGGAUAGAUUUAUUAUUUUUUUACUUUUUUAUUAAUUUAUUUUUCUUCAUUACUUUUACUACCUGUUUGCCACUUGUAUAGUUUGGAUUGUUUCUGGUUUCACAGCAAGUACCCCAAGUGAUUCCAUGGACACACAGACAGGCUGUUGGCACACACACACACACACACACACACACACACACACACACACACACACACACACCUGCUGAUCAUCUACUGCCAGAUUUAGGGGUCACUUUUUUCUUGCCUUGCUGCACACCUGUUCUCAGCUUCAUGAACAGGGCAUCUACCUGGCCAAGGAACUCAAACCCCACACCUCUUGGUUGUGACUUUCAAUAUAUAUAUAUAUAUAUAUAUAUAUGAACAAUGGCAUUUGACGUGUGUAAGUAUGCACUACACACAGAUGGUAAUACAGUUUUUUUUAAACGAGGUAAACUCUUGAACAUGCUGUAUAAAGGUUGUUAUAUGUAUGUAUAUUUAUGAUAAACUAUUUGCCAAUCACUUACGCAACAAAUUACUGAGUCAGAUUAAACAUGUUACAUAAAAUGUGUAGAAAUGAAGUUUACAUUUUUAAACAUCAGUAGUUAAAAGAAAUCAGAAUUUCUAUAAAGUAAAAUAGAAAAAUUUAAAGUUUGUUUGAGACAUUGUAGUAUUGCAUGGAAUACAGUAACAUUAUUGCCAUUGGUUGAGGGGAGUUGCAUUUAAUGUCCAUGUAGUUAAAUGGUUGUUAAUGAGUGGCAAUAUCAAAGGAAGUUUCUACCCACUGAGUAUCACCUGGAUAAGUUUCAAGGUUAAUUGGUCAACCACAGUUUUACAGUUGCUGUAUGCUUCUUUGUAUUCUAAGAGAUAUUUACCAGUGGGUACAGACUUGGGUGCAGUAAUAAAAGUUUCCAAAUACUGUUGUUAGAUAUUAUAUUGGUUGUAAUAAAGUAAAAAGAUAUGGU